GUGAAGUACCUAUUAUUUAUUUUUUAUCUCUCUCUCUAGAAAGUUUGGAGAUUUUCCACAUAAUUUCCUUGUGUUUUCCUCGCGGUUAUCUUUAAGAAGUGCAAAAUGUCCGGUAUUUCACCUGAAGAAAUUAUCUCCCUAUGCCGGACCCCUGAGCCAGCAACUAAGGACUUCAUGUUCCAACAAACGAUGUACCGCAUCAAAGACCCAAGGAAGUCGAUUCCGUUCUACACCGGAGUGCUGGGAAUGACUUUGCUGAAGCAACUCCACUUCCCCGAGAUGAAGUUCUCUCUGUUCUUCAUGGGCUAUGAGAACCCGGCUGAGGUGCCCCAGGAUGAAGCUGUAAGGUCUGCCUGGGCGUUGACUAGGAAGGCUACGUUGGAACUUACGUACAACUGGGGUACGGAGAGCGACGAUUCCUGCUACCACAAUGGCAACUCGGACCCGAGGGGCUUCGGCCAUAUUGGAAUAUGGGUGCCUGACGUGGAAGCCGCUUGUGCUAGGUUCGAGCAGCACGACGUGAAGUUUGUGAAGAAGCCGCAGGACGGCAAGAUGCGAGGGCUGGCCUUCAUCCAGGACCCCGACGGGUAUUGGAUCGAGAUAUUCACUUCUAACGUCGUCUAAAC